AUGCGAUACUUCCAUCGCGCAAAGGAGUUGGCAAGGGGGUUCGACCAGAUCGACAUCCAGCACAUCCCGAGGAAAGAAAAUACCCGGACGGAUAUGUUAUCCAAACUCAGCUCAGGAAAAGAAAAGGGGCAACUAACGACUAUCGUACGGCAAAUGCUGUUUCAACCUUCAAUCGACUGUCUGGCGGUAUCUACCGAGGAGGAAGACUGGCGAUCCAAAAUCAGAGAAAUAAUGUCUCGGCAGGACGACGGACGGCCCGUCAAACCCAGCGAAGCAAAAAGGAUUGCACGAUACCUACUGGUGGGAGACAACUUGUACAGGAGGGGGUUCUCCAUCCCCCUUCUUAAGUGCCUUGGGAAGGAAGAAGCGCGCUAUGUCAUGGAUGAACUCCACAAUGGCAUCUGUGGUUUUCACACAGGAUGGCGGGCUCUAAAGGCCCGAGUAACAAGAGUAAGGUACUAUUGGCCGACCAUGGAAGCAGAUACGAAGACGUUCGUCCAAAGAUGCCUCAGCUGCCAAGCGCACGCCAAUAACACUCACCUGCACCCUCACCCUUUGCAUACAAUCGUGUCGCCAUGGCCGUUCGCCCAAUGGGGAAUGGACAUCGUAGGGCCGUUCCCCAUAGGCCGGGCCCAGAAGAAGUUCCUCCUGGUAGCCGUGGACUACUUCACUAAGUGGGUGGAGGCCGAACCCCUCGCGACCAUAACGGUCGCCCAGGUCCAAGAAUUCUGUUGGAGGCUGUGGCGAUUGGGAGAAAGAAAGGGGGUGUGGGUCGACGAGCUACCCGAAGUCCCGUGGGCUUAUCGAUGCACGCCUCACGGGACAACCGGGGAGACUCCCUUUAACUUGACAUAUGGCACUGAUGCCAUGUUGCCGGUUGAACUGGGGGAGCCAUCGUUACGACGGCAGAUCGAAGACCUACAGCUGAAUGGCCAGGAGCUAAGGAUUGAGCUGGAUUCUCUGGACGAGCGUCGAGACCGGGCGACUUUAAGAGCCGAAGCAUGCAAGCGCAUGGUUAAAAGAAAAUACAACUCUAAGGUGCGGCCGAGGAGCUUUCAGGAAGGCGAAUUGGUAUGGAGGAAGGCUGGAGAAGCUCGCCGAGUGGCCAUGCACGACAAGUUGGCAGCAAAAUGGGAUGGACCUUUCCGGGUGAUCGAAGCACUCGGAAAUGGAGCGUAUAGACUACAAAACGCGGACGGACGACCUAUUCCAAACACUUGGAACGCUACGCACUUGAAAUUUUAUUUCAGUUGA